GCUACCAAAGAAGCAGACGAUAUAGCAUCUGUGAAGUUGUAUACCCUGGCACAGUGCACACCUUAUCUUUCUAGAGAAGAUUGUGACAUCUGCCUUCGAGAUGCCAUCUCCACGUUUCCAACAUGUUGCGAAUAUACGGAAGGGGUAACAAUUCUUUCCCCUACAACGCCACAACCGUCCCUGCACCUGCACCUGCACCUGCGCCUAAUAACAGACAAGGAAACAGGAGAAUCUCAAGACAAAUUAUUAUUGCUAUUGUUGUUCCAAUUGUCGUUGUCUCCUUAGUGAUCUUGCUGGUAGGCUUACGUUUCUUGACUGGGAGAACGAUGAAGAAGAAACAAUAUGGUAGUAUAAAGGAGAGAAAUGAAGAAGAUGAAAUUUCGACGGUUGAAUCCCUGCAAUAUGAGUUAAACACUAUUGACCUUGCUACAACCAGCUUUUCUGCAGACAAUAAAAUUGGAGUAGGUGGAUUUGGUGACGUUUACAAGGGUAUCCUUCCAGAUGGGCGAGAGAUAGCUGUGAAGAGACUUUCUAAAGGUUCAGCACAAGGUGCAAAAGAAUUUAAGAAUGAGAUCGUAAUCGUCGCCAAGCUUCAACACAAGAAUCUAACGAGACUACUAGGAUUUUGUUUGGAAGGAGAAGAGAAGAUUCUCAUAUACGAAUUUGUGCCAAAUAAAAGUCUUGAUCACUUUCUAUUUGAUCCAGAAAAACAGCAGCUCUUGGAUUGGUCAAGACGUUACAGGAUCAUUGAAGGAAUCGCAAAAGGAAUGCUUUACCUACAUGAAGAUUCUCUCCUUCAAAUUGUACAUCGUGAUCUCAAAGCUAGCAAUAUACUCUUGGAUGGAGACAUGAACCCAAAAAUAUCGGAUUUUGGCAUGGCGAGGAUUUUUAAUGUUGAUCAAUCUCAAGAAAAUACUAUUAGGAUUGCUGGCACAUAUGGUUACAUGGCUCCAGAGUACGCAUUGCAUGGUCAAUUUUCUGUAGAGUCCGACAUUUUUAGUUUUGGCGUCUUGAUUUUGGAAAUCAUAAGCGGCAAGAAGAGUAACAGCUUUUACAAAUCACAUGGUACAAGAGACCUUAUAAGCUAUGCUUGGAAGCUUUGGAGAAAUGGUGCCCCCUUGGAAUUGAUGGAUCCAACUUUGCAACAGUCUUAUGUUUUGGAUGAAGUCAUUCGAUGCAUCCAAAUUGGCUUAUUGUGUGUUGAAGAAGAUGUCAAUAAAAGACCAAAAAUGGCAUUAAUACUUCUUAUGCUUAAAAGUUACUCGGACAAUUUACCCAUUCCUCGACGACCUGCAUAUUUUAUUUCAAGUGGAUCGGAUAGCAUGGCAAGAGAGACAGACCCCGAUCAACCACAAUCUAUGAAUGAAGCAUCAAUCAGUGAAUUGUGUCCAAGAUAGUCAAUUUUGUGUCAUUGAAAUAUUGUUAGACGUGGAAAUGUGAUUACUCAAAAAGGGCAAAUCAUUUAUAUGAUCGUCUUUGUGAAAAGAUUAUAUCCUGAGCACUUGAUAAUCUUAAAAUACCUCAAUUUUUCA